GGAUUAAAAGGAAAGAAGAAGAGUGAUGAAUAAAAUUGAAGUGUAAAAUAUAAAUAUAAUGCAGUAAUUUUUCAAAAUUCCAUAUAUUAUUAAUCAAAUCUGAUUUUAGAUUCUUUCCGUUUGUGUACUAGUUAGUUGUCCGUAUAUUUAAUUUACCUAAAUAAUGGCGAACAUUGCUGCUCAGAGAAUUAAACGAGAAUUCAAAGAAGUUAUAAAAAGUGAAGAGGUUGCAAAAUGUGCUAUUAGAGUAGAACUAUUGAAUGACAGUUACACUGAAUUAAGAGGCGAGAUAGCGGGGCCUCCAGAUACCCCCUAUGAAGGAGGAAAUUUUGUAUUAGAAAUUAGGGUUCCAGAAACUUAUCCAUUCAAUCCCCCAAAGGUUAGAUUUAUUACUCGAAUAUGGCAUCCAAAUAUAUCCUCCGUUACAGGAGCUAUAUGUUUAGAUAUUCUAAAAGACCAAUGGGCUGCUGCUAUGACCUUACGCACCGUUCUGUUGUCCUUGCAAGCUCUACUAUCUGCCGCCGAACCGGAUGAUCCUCAAGAUGCUGUAGUCGCUAGGCAAUAUAAGGAGAAUCUGGAAAUGUUCACUUUAACAGCAAAACAUUGGACACAUGCUUAUGCAGGAGGUAAUUUUUAUUUUUAUAUAAUUACGAGUGGAUAAUUGAGUGAGUAUUUUACUCUCAUUCAAACGUUACAACGAAGCUGUAACUUCGCUCUACUAAGAUCUCUUAAAAAUAUAAUACUUUUGUUAACAAUUUUCAUUUUUUAUUACUUCUAAUUUUGAGAAAAUACGGUAUAAAAUAUCGUGAGUUAUGUUUUGAAAAAAUAAGAUAUAAAAUAAGAUAAAUAAGAAAAAAUAAAGGACUUCGUUAAAAGGAAGAAAUUGGUGAGAUAUUUAGUAAGUUUUUAGGUGUAAAUCUAACUUUUGACAAUUUUCCUUGUAUUUUUGAAACAACAUCUAGCAGUGCGAUCUUAAAUGAAACUUAUUUUCACGUGUAGGAAUUUGGAACGAAGCAAAGUUGGAAAAAAUCUUAAUUUCUAAUUUUUAGUAGUGUUUGAACUAACAUAAAAUUGCACUUGAAUCAAACUAGACCAGAUAAUAAAGCAGUAGACACCCCAAAGCCUUCCAAAUUUUUGCAGCAGUAUGGAUCUUAAUGAAACUUGCUGCAUUUGGUUCGUAUGAGUGUCAGUAAAUUUUGUGAACAAAAAUGACGAUGUGGAAAAUAAAAUUACAUUAUUGAACAAAGAAAUGCAAGUGUUCCGCGAACAUAAAAUCCCCGAGUUAUGAGUUUGCACUGAUUUUGUAUCGAAUCUACACAAAAUUCUAAGAACCGAGGUUUUCCUGUGUCCCAUGUACCUCACACACUAUCACCGACAUGAUAUUAAUGUCCAUUGAUCCCAAAAACCACCUAGUAACGAGUUUGCACUUAUUUUGUAUCGAAUUUCCACAUAACUCUAUAAGAAGAGGUCCGUUCUCGGCACUAGGUGCCUCGCACAUUAUUGCCGAUAGGAUAUUGAUGAUCAACGAAUCCAAAAAAACACCGAGUAAUGAGGUUAUACUGAUUCUGUAUCGAAUUUUCACAAAACUCUAGGAACCGAGGCCGUUUUGGGCACCAGGUGCCUCGCACACCAUCGCCAACAAGAUAUUAGUGUUCAGCGAAUCCAAAAAACCACUGAGUAACGAGUUUUCACUUAUUUUGUAUCGAAUUUCCACAAAUAUCUAUGAGAAGAGGCCCGUUCUCAGCACUAGGUGCCUCGCACACCAUCGCCGAUAUGAUAUUAGUGUUCAGUGACCCAAAAAAUCACUGAGUAAUGAGUUCGCACUGAUUUUGCAUCGAAUUUUCAAAAAAUUCCAGGAUACAAUGCCCAGGUGCACCAGGUGCCUCGAAGAACAUGGUCAUCACUUUGGAAAAUGUAUUUUCGUUGAUCAAUAAAGCCAUUUUCAUUUCCACAUUAUUUUUGUCCACAAAAUUUCCUGACGAGUCAUACGAAUCGAAUGCAAAAAGUUUCAUUGAGAUCCAUCAUACUGCAAAAAUUUGGUAGGUUUAUUGCUUUAUUGCCUCUCCUAAACGGAAACUGGUGUUUAACUGGAAUACCAUUCAAUGUGAAUGGUUCCACAGUGACUACGAUUCCAUGAAGAAGUUAAUAAAAUGUCUGUACUGGAUUGGCAAGUGCUGUCCUUAACUACAUUUAUUGAAGCUGGCUUUGAAAGACGCGAAAAAUCUGCCAUAACAUUUAUAGAUCUCACGGGUGCCUAUGACACUGUGGGGAGAGAGGGCCUUAUUUAUAAGCUGAUGAAAAUCAUACCUUGCCUCAAACUUGUCAGCUGAUAAACAAUCUACUGACUAACAGACUGUUUCAGGUAUAUAUGAAUGAUGUACAGAGUAACGUUAGAAAACUUAACAACGGCUUACCUCAAGGCUCAGUGCUAGCUCCUUUAUUAUUUAACCUUUAUACAGCAGAUAUACCUGAAACAAAAUCGAGAAAAUUUGCUUAUGCUGACGACCUGGCCAUUGGCUUCCAAGAUAAUAGUAAAGAAGCAGGAGAACGAGCUCUAAACGAGGACUUAACUACACUAAGUAACUAUUUUAAGAACUGGCGCUUACGUCCUAAUACAAGCAAAACUGAAAACCUGUCUCUUUCACCUGUCGAAUCAACUUGCGGGCGAUACUCUCAGUGUAACUCUAAAUGAUACAGCUAUUAAACAUAACAACAACCCCAAAUAUCUAGGCGUCACACUUGAUAGAACACUCACCUUCAAAAGCCAUCUUACAAACGCAGCCGGUAAACUAAGAAAAAGAAAUAUCUUAGUAUCAAAACUUGCUGAACAACUUGGGGUGCUUCUGCAGAAACUCUUCGGACCUCUGCUCUAGCUUUGGUUUUUUCAGUGGCAGAAUAUUGUGUACCAGUAUGGCUAAAUAGUGCACAUACAAGCAAAAUCGAUGUCCAACUUAACCAAACCAUGAGAUUAAUCACUGGAACAAUAAAACCAACGCCAGUGAGAUGGCUGCCUACUCUGAGCAAUAUGCUCCACCAGAUCUACGCCGUACAGCAGCAUUAGUGAGAGAGUACCAGAAAAUUGUAGCCAACGUACAAUUACCAAUACAUCAAGAUAUCCCAGACAUCUCAAAAGAGCACCAGCGACUGAGAUCCAGAAAUCCUCUAAUACGAUCUGCCCGAAAACUUGGUAAUUCCUAUGAUAUACAUAGGCAAUGGACAACAAGAUGGAUGCCAACAGUAGAAUCGGACUAUAUUAAGAUAUCCACCCCAACUCAGGGUUUCAUCGGAUCAAAUCUGUCCCGGUCCACUUGGCAAGGCUUAAUCGUAUACGUACCGGUCAUGGUAAAUGUGCUGAUUGCAGACAAUCUAGACAGACCAUAAACCAUUGUGUUUCAGACUGCUUGAAUCGUGCCUACCGUGGAAAACUCUAGGACUUUGCGGAAUGUUCCUCAGAAGCAAUUGAAUGGCUAUGUAAAUUGGACAUUAAUAUUUAGUGUCAUUCAUUAUAUCUUUAGUGUUUGAAUAAUAUAUUUAAUAUUUAUGUAUAUAUUAUUGUAUUUGUAUAUUUGUCGUAGUGUGAAAGUCCAUACGCUAAAUAAAUAAAUAACUGGAUUGGCAGUCUGCAUGAUUCUAGUUGCACAGGACUAACAUGGACCGCGCUUUACAUAUCGUUGGCUGUAUGCAAUAGUGACUUAACUCAAAAAUUGACAAAAUUUAGUCAACAUCAUCAGAGGGCUUGAAAAAGCCUUUUGAAAAAAGGUUAAGAUAAAUUGUUUCUUGUAGUACUGGCCCUUUUUAGUUGUGCAGUGGACGUUGAAUCGUGUCGAUAUCAAGUUUCUAUGCAAUACCGGCACUUUUGAGUUGUGCCACUCCAGCAGACAAUUUUAGGUAUUUUCAAACUUUAUCAGUGAGAAUUUUGAAGUUGUAUCACAAUAAAUAAAAGGAAUAAAUUUAUUGUUUUAAAAAUGUCAGAUCCAAAGGGGUAUCAGAAAAGAAGUGAAUUAAUCUUAUCUCGAGUAGGAGUAACGCGAGUAAAAAAGGAUUAAAAAGCAUGAAUAUUAUAGAACUAGAAAAGGGUUACACUGACAGCCUGCCAAUAACUGAAAAGGAGAAAAAUGACCUUACUAGCCUUUAUGAAGAUAUGAGUAUUCCACCAAUUUACGCUGAUUUCUACCGACAUUUAAAGCAUUGUUAAUCAUACCUUUUCCUAUUAUUAUCAAUAUAUACUUUAUUUAUUUCGAUCUUUUUAUAGUGGUUAAUAAACACAUUUUCUCACUCAAGUAACUUGUAGUAUCCUUUAUUGAACCUUUAUUUCAGUUCAUAGGAAUGACAAAAAAUGCCAGUUUUGUCUUUGUCUUAAUUAGUCUUGAAAGACAAAAUGUUGAUGUGCAAUAGUGGCACAACUCAAAAUAAGGUUUGAAUUUAAAAAUCUAUGUUACGAUUCAUUAAAGGCUAUCUAAAUCGCUCCCAAAUACACCAAUUUUUUUUUAAAUCCCAGUCCAUGUACUAAAACAAAUAAGACAAAAUUAUUGGCACACCCCUUUUUUUUUGAAAAAUUACCAGUUUUUGUGUUAUGCCACUAUUGCAUACAGCCGACGAUAACUUAUAUUAACAUUAUUUACAUUUCCAGGUCCUUGCGUGAUUAGCGAUUGUGAUGAAAAAAUUAGACGACUUAUAGAUAUGGGAAUAGAAGAACACAAAGCCAGGGUGUCGUUGUCAUCUUAUAAUUGGGAUUUAGAAAUGGCUACGGAACAGUUAUUCAAUUAGUAAAUCACCUUAAUUUGCGUUACGGUCAGCGAUAAUUAUUAGUUUAUAAAAAUUUUUCAAUUUAUUUUCAAUUUCUUUGUAAUAUAUUCUAAUUUGUCUCUG